AUGGAUGCAACCGCAGCGCAAACUGCCCGACAAACCCCUCAUCAUCGCCGAAGUUUCUACAUCGGCGGACAGUAUGUUGAAGAUAAGGAGGGCAACCAUUCGCUUCAGGGGCAGAUGUACGUUGAGCACCUACAGCCAAGCCAGAGCAGUGAAAUCAAGCCGUUUCCACUCCUGUUCAUUCAUGGCGGAACCCGUACUGGAAUAGACUGGAUAACAAAGCCCGACGGCGAACCUGGAUGGGCUUCGUAUUUCCUGUCACAGGGAUACGAACUCUACCUUGUCGAUCAGCCGUUCCGAGGGAGGAGUCCCUGGAGCCCGGGGACUGGAGAUGUGAUUGUCUAUCCUGCGGAACAGAUUCAGAAGAUGUUUACCGCCAGCAGCAACUAUAAAUUAUGGCCGCAAGCCAAGUCCCACACGCAAUGGCCUGGCUCCGGUGUGAUGGGCGACCCCGUUUUCGACAGGUUCUACGCAUCGGGCGUGCAGAUGAUCAAAGACCAGGUCCUUCAGGAGGGAGCAUCCCAGGCUGCGUGUGCAGCGCUGCUAGACACAAUCGGGCGGCCGGUUAUGGUCUUUGGGCAUUCUGCUGGCGGACCAAUCCCAUUCUUGCUGGGUGAUGUGCGGCCUGAUCUGGUCAAGUCCAUCGUCGCACUCGAGCCUUUGGGGCCGCCAUUCUCCAAAGUCUCGAUCAGAACGGUCCGCGGUUCUCCGUACGGCAUCUCCAACGCGCCGAUCACGUACGAGCCUCCCGUCACAGACCCUACUGCGGACCUGGCAACGCGUGAAGCGAAGGCAGCAGCACCCGACCUGUUGGAUGGCCGGCUGCAGGCGAGUGACACACCGCGGAAACUCGUGAACCUUGAGAGAAUUCCGGUUCUCGUGGUUACGGCCCCGGCAUCAUACCAUGCUCAAUAUGACUGGUGCACUGUGGAAUAUUUACGGCAGGCGGGCGUUGAUGCUACCCAUUUGAAGUUGGAGGAUGUAGGGAUACUUGGGAACGGACACAUGAUGUUUAUCGAGAAGAACAGCGACCGGAUUGCUGCAGAAAUCCAGAAAUGGUUAGAGAAGUAG